GCCGCCCCGGGGCCCGGCCGCCCUCCGCCCGCCUUGCCCCACUUCCCACCGGCCCUUCCCGAGCCCGGCUGCCCCCUUGACCCCCUGACCCUCCUAACCCUCGAGUGCCACGGCCUGGCCGCGCCCGGGGCCCCCCGACCCUGCUACGGCCAGGCCGUCGACCCCCCGAAACAGGGACGGGGUGGAGGCCGGGCUCCCCGCAAGCAGUUGCGACCCACCAAGGGAGCGGUGGGCCUGGACCCCGGCUUCGAGGGCGUGGCGCUGCGGAUACGCCUGAAUUUGGUGUGCGAGGAGCCGCGGCUGGUCAUCACGUCGAGCUACAGUAAGGGAAUGCGGAAGGCGGGAGUCGGGCCGGACCCUCCCCGGAGGAAAUACGAGGCCUACGAAGGGGAACCUGGACCCUACGACGGAGACCCUAGUGGGGGAAAGCGCUGCGCCUCCUGCCAGACUCAGCAUACCCCACUCUGGAGAGAGGCCCAGGACGGGACCCUUCUGUGCAAUGCCUGCGGUAUCAGGUACAGGAAGUACAAGAUUCGCUGCGCCCGCUGCUGCUCAGUUCCCCGCCGAGGCCUCCGGGCACCAACCCUGUGUUCCAGCUGCGGGGGUGUCCUCUGCCUCCCCCAGCCCCCGCUCGGAGCUCCCAGUCCUCCAGGGUCGGGUCCAACCGACUACGGGGUUGCCAGUCGGAGGUGCCGGAUGAGAACUAGCCAGCCGUCAAACAGCAACGAGCCAACCUCUCUCCCUCCGCCGGCUAUGGGGGAAUAAGGGAGAGCUGAAUAAAGCCCACCCUGCCUCUUGGGAGCCCAGACGAGUCGGGGUGGCGUGUAAGCACCAGCGCGCACGCUCGUAUCAACGUGGGUACCAUGAGAUCACACCUCCGGACGACCAGCCACGGACCGUAGGGCGGGUGCCUGCAUGGGCCACUGUGUGUCUUAGGGUUGGCAGGAGGUGGGAAUUUUGACCGCCUUGGGUAUCGGGCUGGGCUGAUGGAGAAGUUGGAGUUUACUUCAGUUGGACUUUGAUCAGAGGAGCCAGACCACGGGGCUGGUGUUUGAGGUGAAAAUGAAUGGCUCUGUUCAUGUUUCCUGUGCACUUUCAUUAAAGCAGCCAUUUUGGAGCUUU